CAUGCCUCGGUCCGGAGGGAGCCCGGCGGGGACACCCGGCCUCGUCCCGGCCGCUGCCGUCCUCCUGGGCGCCCUCUGCCUCCCUGGGGCGCCGGCCUCCUCCCUGCUCACAGGAUCCAUUGCAAAAUGCGAAAAUGAAGGGGAAAUUCUCCAGAUACCAUUUAUCACAGACAACCCUUGUAUAAUGUGUGUUUGCCUGAAUAAGGAAGUGACGUGCAGAAGAGAGAAGUGUCCCCUGCUUUCCAAGGAAUGCGCUCUUGUCAUUAAGCAGAGAGGAGCUUGCUGUGAACGUUGCAAAGACUGCAAUUUUGGAGGAAAGACAUACAACAGCUCUAUGAGAUGGCACCUCCCUAGCAAUCCCUGUAUUACAUACCAGUGCCAGGAGGGAGUGAUAAUAGAGUCGGAGGUACAAUGUGUUGUUCAUUGCAAAAACCCAUCCAGAGUUGUGGGGAUGUGUUGCCCCGUGUGUCCAGGUUGUAUAUUUGAAGGGAGACAUUACAAUGAAGGAGAAGAAUUUAGGCCUGAAGGAAAUAAAUGCACCAAGUGCUCUUGUGUUGGUGGCAGGACCCAGUGCAUCCAAGAAGUCUGCCCCAUUCUCUCCUGUCCCCAGCACCUCAGUCACACUCCCGCAGGACAGUGUUGCCCCAAAUGCUUAGGACAGAGGAAAGUGUUUGACCUCCCAUUUGGAAGCUGUCUCUUUCAUAGCAAUGUGUACGAUAAUGGAUCCUCAUUUAUUUAUGACAACUGUACGAUGUGUACAUGCAAGGAUUCAACAGUGAUAUGUAAGAAGAGGUGCUUGCUUCCUGGAGAAUGCAAUAUAAACCAAGACCACUGCUGCAAGGAAUGCAUCUCCUACAUCGCUCCUGAAGAAAUGAAAGUGUGCAAGUUUGGCAGUAAGAUAUUCCAGGAUGGAGAGAUGUGGUCCUCUGUGAACUGCACCAUCUGUGCUUGUGUGAAAGGCAAGACAGAGUGUCGCAAGAAGCAAUGCAUUCCAGUCAGCAGCUGUCCUCAUGGUAAAAUCCUGAACAGAAAAGGAUGCUGUCCUAUUUGCACUGAAAAGCCUGGAGUUUGCACUGUGUUUGGAGACCCUCACUACAACACUUUUGAUGGACGGACAUUUAACUUUCAGGGAACAUGUCAGUACGUUUUGACGAAAGACUGCUCCUCCUCUGCCUCGCCCUUCCAGGUGCUGGUGAAAAACGAUGCCCGUCGGACCCGUUCUUUCUCCUGGACAAAGUCAGUGGACCUUGUGUUGGGCAGAAGCACCAUCAGCCUCCAGCAGCACCUCACAGUGAAGUGGAAUGGGACCCGUAUCUCACUACCCUGCGAGACACCACAGUUUCAGAUCGAUUUGGAUGGUUAUUUGCUGAAAGUGACAACCAAAGCAGGCCUGGAAAUCUCAUGGGACGGAGACAGUUUUGUGGAAGUCAUGGCUGCACCACAUCUGAAAGGCAAACUCUGUGGCCUGUGUGGUAACUACAACGGGCACAAGCGAGAUGACCUGAUUGGGGGGGAUGGGAAUUUUAAGUUCGACGUGGACGACUUCGCUGAAUCCUGGCGUGUGGAGUCUAAUGAGUUCUGCAGUCGCCCGCAGAGGAAACCUGUGCCUGAGCUCUGCCAUGGGACUGUCAGGGUGAAACUCCGGGCUCACCGGGAAUGCCAGAAGCUCAAAGCCUGGGAUUUUCAGAGCUGUCAUUCAACGGUGGAUUACACAACUUUUUACCGGUCUUGUGUGACAGACAUGUGUGAGUGCCCAGUCCAUAAAAACUGCUUCUGUGAGUCCUUCCUGGCCUAUGCUCGAGCCUGCCAGCGGGAAGGGCUGAGAGUGCAGUGGAUACCAGAACAGCACUGUGCAGCAACCCAGUGUAAACACGGUGCAGUUUAUGACACCUGUGGCCCAGGAUGUGUCAAAACAUGCGAUAACUGGAAUGAGAUCGGCCCAUGCAACAAGCCCUGCGUUGCAGGAUGCCACUGUCCAGCAAAUUUAGUUCUUCACAAAGGAAGAUGCAUCAAGCCAGUCCUAUGUCCUCAGCGAUGACAUUUGUUCUCUCUCCACGGACACUAAUGUGGCUGUCACUGACCCAUCCGAUGCUCACAGACAGCAAAGGACUGCAGCUGUUCGUGCGCAGGUUCUGCAAAGUACAGAGUGUAAAUAUGCUCCUGUGUGUAUUCAUGUGUGUUUAUGUAUACACACGUGGCCCCAACAAAGAUAUAUAAAUGUAUACUGUGUGUAUGUAGAUACACAUAUCUAUACACAAGUGCCCUAAACGUAAGUACAACCCAUAUAUUUAUAUACACGUAGACACACACAGAUAGACAUCAUUUCUAUAUAUCAUAGAAGGAUGAAUUAUUAUAUGUAUAUUUUUUGCUAUAAAGUUUAUGUAUUAUUACUUCUAAAACCCUUAUCUGUAAGUCAUUGUAUAAAUAAACCAGGUGUUUUUAAUAUAA